AGCUUAACGUCGCUGCUGGUGCUGAGGAGAGAGCAUCCGACCUGCCGCAGGUCUCCACACAUCAAAGUCGUGGGAUGCAGCAGGAAAUGUCCUGGGGAAUGCCGUGAAUCACCCGUGAGCUCCGUAGUUUCCCGUCGGUCGAUCACUGCCUGAGCUCAGCCAUGGUUGAUUUGCUCCAAACUGCCGCGGUUCCUCCCGGAAACAGACAUGAUGGACCAGGCUCCCUGUCAAAUAUCAAAGGGAAGAAAUCAUCCAAAAAGUCGCGGGCCAGACGAGGCAAACAAAGCAGGAAGAGAAGGAAUAAAAGAAAAAGGAACAACAGGACACCGCCACCGAUUUUACCACCGGAGGCUGAAGAAGGAAACAUUGAAUACAAGUUAAAGCUGGUCAACCCCACUCAGUACCGCUUCGAGCAUCUGGCCACACAGCUGAAGUGGCGCCUGCAGGAGGGCCGCGGUGAGGCCGUGUACCAGAUCGGAGUAGAAGACAACGGCCUGCUGGUGGGUCUGACGGAGGCCGACAUGAAAGGCUCGCUCAAGACGCUAAAGAGAAUGGCAGAGAAGGUCGGAGCUGAUAUAACGCUUCUGCGAGAAAGGGAAGUGGACUAUGGCCUGGACAGAAAUAUCCGGAAAAUUGCAGAGGUUCUUGUCCGAAAGGUUCCUGACGAUCAGCAGUUCCUGGACCUGCGUGUGGCCGUGCUGGGAAAUGUGGACUCAGGGAAGUCGACCCUGCUGGGCGUCCUGACGCAGGGAGAGUUGGAUAACGGUAGAGGUCGAGCUCGGCUAAACCUUUUCAGACACCUGCAUGAAAUCCAGACGGGACGCACCUCCAGCAUCAGCUUUGAAAUCUUGGGCUUUAACAGCAAAGGAGAGGUGGUAAACUACAGUGAGUCUCGAACAGCAGAGGAGAUCUGUGAGAGCUCAUCCAAAAUGAUCACCUUCAUCGACCUGGCAGGUCACCACAAGUACCUGAAGACCACCGUCUUCGGUUUAACCAGCUACUGCCCUGACUUUGCCAUGCUUGUAGUGAGCGCCAACACCGGCAUAGCUGGUACAACUCGAGAGCACUUGGGUCUGGCCAUGGCUCUGAAAGUCCCGAUUUUUAUCGUAGUCAGUAAAGUGGAUCUGUGCUCCCGCGGCACCGUGGAGCGAACUGUCCGGCAGCUGGAGCGAGUCCUGAAGCAGCCAGGCUGCAACAAGAUUCCCAUGGUGGUGAUGAAUCCUGAUGACGCAGUGACUGCAGCGCAGCAGUUCACCCAGUCUGCAUGCAUCACACCCAUCUUCACCCUGUCCAGCGUGUCUGGAGAAAGCCUCGACCUCCUGAAGGUUUUCCUGAACAUCCUUCCUCCGCUUAGCAACAGCAAAGAACAGGAGGAGCUGAUGCAGCAGCUUACAGAGUUCCAGGUGGAUGAGAUCUACUCAGUCCCUGAUGUUGGGACUGUUGUUGGAGGAACUCUGUACAGUGGAGUUUGCCGGGAGGGCGAGCGACUCGUUGUUGGACCCACCGAAGAGGGUCGUUUCCUGCGCCUGAAAGUGGGCAGCAUCCAGAGGAACCGCUCGGCCUGCAGGGUGCUGAAGGCUGGGCAGGCAGCCACUCUGGCUCUGGGAAACUUUGACCGCUCACUUUUGCGCAAGGGCAUGGUGAUGGUCAGCCCCAAGAUGAACCCGACCAUCUGCUGCCAGUUCGAAGCUGCCAUUGUUCUGCUCUUCCACGCAAAGACUUUCCGGCGGGGUUCUCAGGUCACCGUCCAUGUCGGUAACGUCCGGCAGACGGCUACGGUGGAGUGCCUUCAUGGAAAGGACGAGCUUCGAACGGGAGAGAGGGCCGUUGUUCGCUUUCGCUUCAUCAAGCACCCCGAGUAUUUGCGACUGAGCGCUAAGCUGCUCUUCAGGGAGGGAGUCACCAAGGGCAUCGGUCAUGUAACACGUCUGCUUCCCCAAGACCAGAAUCUGAACCAUGACCAGAAUCUGCAGGAUUAUUAGAGACGAUUUCACUGGACCAACAAAAGCUGGCUUUAUGCUCCUGCCCCAGACAUGCAUAUUAAUCCACAGUCCAUACUUCACAAAGCUAAAAAAUGUGGUUUCUUACUCAAGGUUGCAAGAACAAAGUGCACAAGAAGCUCAAGUGCUGAAGUCCUGAUAAGUUCAUCUCACUGCAGCAAACAUUGUUGUUUUAACACAUCCACUUUAAAUUUCUGACCAAUCACACAAUAGUUGUUGUUCUGCCCAGAUGACGAGUCAACAACAAGCUGGACCACCAAAACCCACGCCAGCCUCAAGAUUGGCCGUCUUUUGCCAGACCUUGGUCUUGAGCCAGAGAAGGGUGGAGCGCUUUCUGCCCCAAGUGGAGGAGUCUCAAUGUCUCUGGGUUUUGUUCACUGAUGGGGGAAAGAUGGAGCGGAGAUUGAUAAACGGAUCGCUGUGUCGAAAGGUGAAGCUCUCGAUUUACCAGUUGAUCUACGUACCUAUCCUGACCUAGUCACAAGCUCUGGGGAGAGACCGAAAGAGCCAGGUCACGGAUAUAAGCAGCUGAAAUGAGUUUCCUCUGCAGGGUGACUGGGCUCUUCGUUAGAGAAAGGGUGAGAAGCUCGGUCAUCUGGGAUAGACUCAGAGUAGAGCCGCCGCUUCUCUUUGUCAAAAGGAGCCAUAUGAAGACACGAUGGAGACACCAAGUUUAUCGGCUGGACUGGGAUUAUGUUGGGAUUCCCCAACGUAAUCUCAACGAGAGAGAGACAGGCUAGGCUGCUGACUUUAUGAUGGAUGGAUGGAUGGAUGAGGUGCACUCUUUCCAAAAAGUCCCACUUUUUCUCCUCCAUCCAGUGAUGAAAAGCGAGUCUCUUCAUCCAGAUGUGGCUCACAUCUGGCCUCUUUCUUCUUGCAGUAGUUUCAGCUCUUAGCUCUCAUGAGUCUUUUUCUUCUCCUGUUGGAAGAAGAAGUGUUUGCCUACUUCAUGCUGUCAGACAGGUUCUACUUAAGUGAUUUCUUGAUUCAAAUUAAAUUGAACUCGUUGAAUUUUCAUUCUUAAUUUGGAUGGCUGUUUAAUACAUUAAAUAUUUCUUAUAAAACUAUUUUGCUUUUACUCAAGUUAUCUGAUACUAAAAUGUGUUUGAUCUGAUAUAUUUUAGUGAAACUAAAACGCAAAAACAUCAGAAAAACUAUUAUAAAUUUUUUUUUAUUCGUCUCAGUUUCUGCUACACAGACCAACUUUAUUAGGAUUUUAAAAUCAAAUCUGAUGUUGAAAGCUAUAAGGUACAAUUGUGACUGAAUUGGAAGCUACAACCAUUUGACUCAACAUGGUUCAGUUGUGGUAGAUUUUUUUUAAAAAUUCCUGUUUUAAUUUAAAACAAAAGAGUGAAGAUAAUGAUGUCAAACAUAAAACCUGUUCAGGAAAAUGUUUCCACGUACCAAUGACAGGAGGAAGUACUGAAACUCCAACAAAUACGACACAUUAAAUUACUAUUGCUUUGAAGUCUGUAUUCAGAAUAAAUAUAUUUUAGUACUUAUACAAAUGAACAUUUAAAAAUCCUUUUAUCUCCUUUUUUCCCUCAUUGUCUUCCAUUGUGUUGGAAUGGAUCCAUAGGGAAUAUUUAUCCACGUUUCCUGUUCUGUUACUCGUCCAUAAUGCAGAAACAGUUAAAUCUGUUUUAAAACUUCUCUAAAACGUGCAUUAAAAAAAACACAAACUAUAUUUGCAUCAAUCAUCUCAAAGACGUUUUUGUAUUUUGAAGGUUGUUGGUGAAUCUGUUCAAGCGAGCGCACAUUAAAUUCAAUUUGUACCAGCUG